UUCAGUCUUUUUCCAACACCAAUAAAAAUUGUCUCAUCUAGAGGAUUCCUUCGAAAUGCUACCAAGUGAACCGAAAACUUCACUGUUGAACAUCCACCGAAAUUGAAUUGCAUUUUAACAAGUGGAGGAAAGUCGAUCGUAUCAAGGUGUAAUGAGAGCACAGGUCAUGGGCAGAUGAUGGAUGUCGAGUCAUCGUACUCUGAGUUUAUUAACUGCGAUCGGACGGGUCGGAGGAACGCGGUGCCUGACAUUAAAGGGGAUGAAGCUGCAGCUGGGACGUGUGAACUAACCAAAGACAUGGCUCAAAUGGACCUCAAGACCACAGAGGAGGGGCCUUCCACGUCUCCGCCUCCUGAAGCGGAGGCGUCGGGUAGCCAGGAUACACAGGGGAAAGAGGGACCCUCUUAAAUGACGGAUGAAAUGAAGAAAGAGGAGAAAAAGCCCCCGCCCAUUCUCACAGCUGAUUCCCCUUUUGGACCCCCUCAUCAGGCAGCAGGAGCAGCAGAGCGAUGAGGACCUGUUCUCACACACUACCCCUCAAAUGACCAUGAGCCAGGAUGACACUUAGCAGCCAGUGUGGACGGGGACCAGUGUGGACUGGGACCAGUGUGGAAGCUUGUGGAGGAUGCAGAGGGGGAUAUUACACACUGAUUACUACACAGGGUUACUCUUCUCUCCUGUGGGCUUGGACGUAGUACUUUGUCCAAUAAAUACUUAAGGAAAGCACAGACUUUUUUUUUUAUACUUUUUCUCCUAAACACAAACCAUUAAUAUUGCUUGUCCUUAUCAUGAAGUAAAACAAUAAGACUAUAUUCAUAACUACCAUCGUACACUAUCGAGUAAGAAUGUACCGAGUCAUACUCCGCUGUCUGUAAACCUGCAGAGGACUGGCACACAUCUCAAUAUAUAUUUGAGUUGGUUUUUUUUUAUGAUAACAACAGUAGUUACUACAGCAUGUGCUGCAGGAAAUGAAAAGAUAUUUAUUUUCAUCCUAUUCUCUGAACUCAGUCCUUUGUUCUGUUUCUGUAACACAUAACAUACUCUAUAGUGUUGUGUACCAUAUUUCACAGUUAGACGUACAAUGGUUGGAGUUAUGGCUUCCUGUUCACGGCACAAUCUACAAUUUUAGUACUCUUACAAAACAUGAAUACACUCUUUUGAACACUCAUCUUUAUUUUAUUUGUAUUUUUUUCCCUGUUCAUAUUGUAAUUACCUCAGAAUAAACAGGAAUGACUUUGA